AUUUUGUAAAAUAAAUAAAAGUUUUGGUAGUUGACAAUAGAACUAUAAACCAUGUCAUAUACAUACGCAUCUUCAUGCCAAUGAUUAAAUUUCGAAAUGAUGGUCCAAAUCACAAAUGAGCUAGCAAACCUUGUUAAUCAUUGAUAAACUUAUUAUUCACUAGAUAGACUUUUAAACUUUCAUAAACCUAUUGGAAUAGUCCAAAAGUUACAAUACCGAACGAUACUAACACGAAAAUGCGUUAAAAUAUUUGUUUUGUUUUGACUAUGAAAAUCUUCUGACACUAUGAAGGUCGUUUGAUAUGUAUGUGGUUAGUUUAACCAAUCCUCCUACAGUUACAUGUUCAUCUUAACCAACUAAUUCAAUAUGCUAGUGACAUUAACAAAAAAAUCAAUCUAUGGUCUGUUGAAUUGAGUCAGCUUGAUAAAUGGAUUUGGAUGCUUUUAAUCGCUCUGAGUGGAACGAUUCUCAACAUCCUCAUACAAGACAUCCGAUAAUGACAUCUAAGGGAUGUCCAGAAAUACCAUCUCCUAAUUCAUCAUCAGGAAGCUCAGUGGAUUCAAGCACAGAUGGAUGUACAGAAGAAAACAUGGGAUCUAAAAUGAGUGAGUAUCCUGGACAAUCAGAAACAAAUUUUAAUCAGAUACCGGUCAGUGCACAAGAUAGUUUCUCCGACCACAGUCUGAACAAUUCAGCUGGUCCAUUUUCAAGCCAACAAGGUUAUACAAAUCCUUCUUAUAGCAAUAAUCCAUCUGCUACAUCAUAUCUACCAGGUACAACCUCAUUCAAUAUCGAUUAUGCACGUCAAAUGCAAAGUCCUUAUAUUUCUGGAAAUCCCAAUUCACAAAAUCUCCAAACAAAUUAUUGCCCAACUAUACCACCAUCAGGUGGAAGUUCAUUUGGUAGCAACCCAGUGAACACGAAUCAAGGAUCUGUAUACCCGAUGUUUAACGAUUUCCCUACUCCGAUUUCAUCUCAGUCGAAUGAGUUUUCUGUCUCUUCCAGAGUUUAUGGAUUUGCUGAAUCAGCUCCACACGAAGAUAUAAUGAAACCAACAUUAACACCUAAAGGAAAUUUCUGUGUUGAACAUGACUGUGAGCGUUUAAUGAGUGCUCUGGAUAAAUCAAAGAUAAGAGAAAAAGAAAUCGUUGAAGUAAUGGGUCGUCGACCUGUUGUUCAACGUAUAGCAAUUCUACAAAAAUAUAAAUCUCUGUAUAAGGACAAUUUAUUCGCCAUAUUUAAUUCUAAAUUAACUGGAUGUUUAAAAGAUUGUUUGAUUGCGUUGUGCUAUACACCAGCAGAAUUUGAUGCAAUAGAACUUCAUAGAGCAAUGAGAGGAACUGAUACUGAUGAAGAUACAAUAAUUGAAAUUCUUUGUACAAGAACAAAUGAACAAAUCAGAAGAAUUAAGAAUGUUAAUCCAAAAUUAUUCGAUGGAUGUGAUUUGGUGAAUGAUGUAAACAAACAGAUUACACAUCAAUUCAAACGCAUAUUCAUGAGUCUAUUAAAGGCGGAUAGAGAUGAAUUUACAUUUGUAGAUAGAAAUCUUGUACAAAGAGAUGUAGAAGAAUUAUUUAAUACAAUACAACAAAACAUUAGAAUAGAUGAAUCAAAAUUCAUUCUUAUAUUGGCUUCAAGAUCUUAUGCUCACUUACGAGUUGUAUUCGAUGAAUAUUUACGAAUUUCUGAACAAACUAUGGAAGAUACUUUAAAGUUCAGAAUGCGUGGAAAUACACUCAGUGCUCUACUUUCUAUGGUUCGUUGUAUACAAAAUAAACCACGAUAUUUUGCAGAAAAAUUAUUCAAAGCCAUGCAAUGUGCUGAAACAGCUGAUAAAGCACUUAUACGUAUUAUUGUCAGUCGUUGUGAAAUUGAUUUGAAAAAUAUCAUGAAUGAGUUUUAUAAAAUAAAAGGAAAAACUUUGCAUGAAUGCAUAGAUUAUAAUAGUUGGGGAAUUUCAAAUGUAUUUAUUGAUCAAACUUUAUGGAAUGAAACACCAAGUAAUUAUCGUCGGCUCUUACUGAGGCUUACCAGGGGGUAUUUAUAAGAUUAAAGUCGUCAAACAAUUACGAAGUUAUUCUGUAGACGUCAACGAUUUCCGGCUUCACAAAAUAUAUUUCUUGACAUGUUUCGAUUCACAAUGAACAAAAGUCAUUUCCUCCUUUAACAAGAAUUGUAUUAACAAAUGAAAAUAUUAUUAUUCACACUUAUUUUAUCUCCUUAUCUCCUCUUUCUCUCUCUCCGUCUCUCUCUCCCUCUGUCUUUACCCUAUACUCCAUUUGAUUAAUCUCCUAACAAAAUGUAGUAAUAAGAUACGUUCGCUUAACUAUUCUGCUUAAAUGAAUACAAUUAUUUUGUUAUAAGAUCGAUUUGUUCAAGUUUUCAUUGAGAGGAGUGAGUGGUGUGAAGCAAGUUGAAAGAUAUUAGUUUAUUCAACUGAAUGAUCAUUAGGUUGUUUAUCAUGAGUUCUCUAACAAGUCAAAUCGGAGAACAACAAAGGAAAGAUAAAUUCAGUGUUACUUCAGGACUUUUAAACAAAUCAUGCAGCAAAUCAAACCGUGACUUCUUCAUGUUAUGUAUUGACCAGUUAGAAUGAAAUAUGCAUGUUUUAGAAUGCAUUCUGUUUUCGACCUAGUAAUAGACAUUGAUUAAUCUGGUGAAGACCACCUCGUUGAACGAAUGUAUUUCACUCAACUUCAGUUUACUUAACAUUAAUCCUCAUCCUCCCAAUAAUAAUAUUUUGUGCUGAUUGAAAAAUUAUGUAUACUUCAAUAAAGUAAUUGAUAACUGUAUUCCAGAUCAGUUUGAUUGCUAAAUACUUGAAAGUGCAUUAU